CUAUUCCCACCCUACCCAUUCACAUCAACAGUACUGUUCUUUCUUUCUUUCUUUCUUUUUCUGUUCAUUAGAUUAUAGAAAAGAAAAUACCCGGAAACUGUUCUUUAUAAGAGAAAAGCAGACAGAAAAAAGAUCCAUCGAUCAAUAAGGACCAAAAAAUUAUAGUCAACGGGCUCUUUUUCAAUGAUUUCUUACUACACAUGCUACAUGUCAUAAAGUCCACCGCAUACUACACGGCUGAGUUUUCCUCUUGGCAUAGAUAAAAUCAAGAAUCGAGUAAAAAAACAACACGAAAACCCUUGUAAUUGCGUGCUGUUAAAGAAAAUUCUGAAUUCAGAUGUGUUGCUCUCAGGUACCAAAAUUGAAAGCUGUAGCUGUCAGGUUGUUAAUUGAAAUCCUUGAAUUAAGUCUUAGAGCUUCGUGUAUUGACCAUUGGUAUAGCUAAGUUCCCCUGCUUAGUAUAUCAAUGGAUGACACCUCCAUACUUGUUAUAUUUUGCUCUUAUCUGUUGCUUAGUAUAACAACAUCCACUGCAGCCGACACCAUAAAUAUAACUCAAUCUGUCACAGACGGCGAGACCCUAGUUUCAGCUGGUGAAAGCUUCAAACUUGGAUUUUUCAGCCCAGGAAACUCUAGAACUCGAUACUUAGGGAUAUGGUACAACAAAGUAUCUGUCAUGACCGUAGUUUGGGUUGCCAACAGAGAAACCCCGCUCAUCGAUUCUUCAGGCGUUCUAAAAAUUACUGAUCAUAGGAUUCUAGCACUUCUCAAUCAUAAUGGGAGCAAGAUUUGGUCUUCCAAUGUCACAAUGGCUGCUAGGAAUCCUGUUGCCCAGCUUUUAGAUUCAGGUAAUCUUAUUGUGAAAGAUGAGGGUGAUGAUAACCCAGAAAAUUUCUUGUGGCAGAGUUUUGAUUAUCCAUGUAACACGCUCCUACCUGGAAUGAAGCUUGGCAGAAAUAUAGCAACAGGCUUGGAUAGAUACAUAUCAUCAUGGAAGACACCAUCUGAUCCUUCGCGAGGUAAUUUCACAUAUGGAUUGGAUCCUGCUGGUUAUCCUGAGAUGAUUCUGAGAGAGAAUUCUAUCGAGCGGUUUCGGGCUGGACCAUGGAACGGCCGGAGCUACAGCGGGACAUCUCAACUAAACGUAAAUCCUAUUUUCAAGUAUGAAUUUGUAAUUAACGAGACAGAAAUUUAUUAUGAUUUUCAGCUUCUUAAUAGCUCAGUUCUGUCGAGAAUGGUAAUAAAUGAGAAUGGCAUUCUCCAACGUUUUAUAUGGGCUGAGAGAGAACGUAAGUGGCGGCUUUAUUUUACUAUACAAACUGAUGACUGUGACCAAUAUGCACUUUGUGGUGCGUUUGCUAGCUGCAAUAUUAAGAGCAAUCCAUAUUGUAGUUGCUUGAACGGAUUUGUACCAAAAUUUCCUAAAGAGUGGGAUCAAGCAGAUUGGUCAGGUGGUUGUGUAAGAAAGACUCCACUGAAUUGCUCCAGUGAUGGGUUUCAAAAGUACUUAGCUUUUAAGUUGCCAGAAACGCGAAAAUCCUGGUUUAACAGGAGUAUGAAUCUCGAGGACUGCAAGAACAUGUGCGUGAAGAACUGCUCCUGUACAGUUUAUGCCAAUUUGGACAUUAGAGAAGGAGAAAGUGGGUGCCUGCUCUGGUUCAGUGAUGUGAUAGACACUACAGAGUUGGAUGGAGAUGGCCAAGAUAUAUAUAUAAGGAUGUCUGCAUCACAAUUAGCUCAUGAUGAUGAUCCGAAGAUUCAGAGUAAAUCCAAUGUCAAGAAACAAAUGAGAAUCAUUCUAAGCUCUUUGCUAUCAGCAGGAAUGAUGUCCUUGAGCCUAGCUGUGAUCUUGUAUGUUUGGAGAAAGAAGCAGAAGAAAGAAGGAAAAGCAAUAGGAAUUCUAGAAAUAAGUGCAAACGACAAGGGGGAGAAGGAAGAACUGAAAUUACCUCUGUUUGAUUUUGGCACCAUUGCUUGCGCCACCUGUAACUUCUCUGACGCCAAUAAACUUGGAGAAGGCGGCUUUGGACUUGUUUUUAAGGGGAAUUUGAAAGAUGGACAAGAAAUAGCUGUCAGGAGGCUCUCAAAGAAUUCAAACCAAGGAGUGGAUGAGUUCAUGAAUGAAGUCUUGCAUAUCGCCAAACUUCAGCACCGGAAUCUGGUGAGGCUUCUAGGAUGCUGCAUUCAAUCAGAAGAGAAGUUGCUGAUCUAUGAGUUUAUGCCUAACAAAAGCUUGGACUUCUUUAUUUUUGAUCAAACAAAGAGCAAGCUACUAGACUGGCCUAAGCGAUACCACAUUAUCAAUGGAAUUGCACGUGGACUCCUUUACCUGCACCAAGAUUCCAGGCUUAGAAUAAUUCACCGAGAUCUAAAAGCAGGCAAUAUUUUAUUGGAUUAUGAAAUGAAUCCAAAAAUUUCAGACUUUGGCCCUGCUAGAUGUUUCUGGGGAAAUGAAACUGAAGCCAGUACGGAUAAGGUGGUGGGAACACAUGGUUACAUGUCCCCAGAGUAUGCAAUUGAUGGUCUCUACUCGAUGAAAUCGGAUGUGUUCAGCUUUGGUGUGAUUGUGCUAGAAAUUGUGAGUGGAAAAAGAAACAGAGGAUUCUAUCAUCCAGAGCAUCAGCUUAACCUUCUUGGGCAUGCAUGGAAACUACAUAAGGAUGGAAGGUCUACUGAAAUGAUUGAUGGGUCGAUGAUAAAUUCAUGCAACCUAUCUGAAGUGCUACGAUCAGUUCAUGUUGGUCUACUUUGUGUUCAGCAAAGUCUGGAAGAUAGGCCAAGCAUGUCAGCUGCUGUUUAUAUGUUGAGUGGCGAAAGUGCAUUGCCUGAGCCUAAGCAACCAGGAUUCUUCACAGAAAGGGAUUGCACCGAAGCGAAUUCCUCAUCGAGCAUCAAAAACUUUAAUUCGUCUAAUGGCCUCACUAUCACACUACCAGAUGCACGAUAAAUCCUGCAUCACAGUGGUUUACCUGUCCUGUUGUUUUUGCAGGGUCACUUUCUUCAGUGUCCUCACAUUCUACCAAGUGUGAUCUUUACCCGAGUCUCAGUCCCCGAACUAUCCCAGGUGGCAUGAAGCACUUGCAUGCGGUGCAAGAAACAUGACGAAAUGCAACAAAAUGAAGCUUUAAAUUUGUCGUUUUUAUCCUACGUCAGUCAUUGUAAUCAAUGUAACUUCAUUUGACAGAAAAAUGAUUCAUGUUUUCUCCA